AUGCUCGACCUACCCUCGCUCUACUUUGGCGCCUUCCUCGGCGUCUUCGCCUUCACCCUCAUCGAGAUAUGCAGACAGACCCGCCGCAUCGUCCGCCGCGGACGCGCCUGGAGCCGCCAGAACGGCUACCUCUACAUGAUAUGGAGCGAGGUCCUUGUCAACCUCGUCUUCGCCGUCGUCACAAUCCUGCACCUCGACGGUGGCGUCCCCGGCUCGCUCGCCCUCUACUUCGCCACCGUUACCCUCUGGGCUCUGCAAACGCAGCUGCUCUCGCAAAUCAUCGCCAACCGCGUGUCGCUCAUCAUGGUCAGCCGCCAACGCGCCACCUGGAUGCGUUGGGGCCUCUUCGGCAUAAUCCUCGCCGUUAAUAUUACCGUCUACAUAAUCUGGAUCCCGGCCUACAUGCCGGGCGCGUCGCCGGAGCGGAAGCGCCUCAACGACAUUUUUGAAAAGUUUGAAAAGACCUUCUUCCUUGUGGUGGACCUGGCCCUGAAUGGCUUCUUCUUGUAUCUGGUCAGGUUUCGGCUCAUUGCUGGCGGUCUACCCAAGUACUGGGCGCUGUUCAAGAUGAACACAGUGCUCAUUGUCGUCUCCACAGCCAUGGAUGCCGCCUUGCUGGGCAUGCUGAGCCUAUCAGAUCCCUACGUAUACGUGCAGUUUGCACCGCUAGGUUACACAAUCAAGCUCUACAUCGAACUCGUCAUGACAUCCCUCAUCGCCAGGGUAGUCAGCAGCGAGAGCGUGGCUCCGGGCCAGACCGGCGGCUCCUUGAAUUACGCGCCGUCGUUCCAGCCACCGCUGCCGAUGGGACACGAUCGGUAUGGCGACAAGUAUGGCAGCACCAAAAGUAUAUUCGGCGACAAGAGCGUCUUUGGCGAUGCGCCGACCACGUCAAAAUUCGAUACCAUGUCUAUCCGCAGCAGCGCCGCACUGUCAUCGCACGCCGCCGACGUCGAGGGCCGCCACGAGGCACCCGGCGACGAGGCCUACCACCUCAGCCCGGUGCCGGAGUCGGUGCCGGAGGCGAGCAUCAUCAAGACGGUGACGACGACGGUCGUGUCCUCGGACAAGAACGAAAGCUCGUCGUCGGCGCCGACAGUGUCGCCGAGCAGGAGCGUCGUAGGCAGCGUCAAGAGCCACAAGAGCCACAAGAGUCACAAAAGCCACAGGAGCAGUCGUAGUCGGAGCCGGCUGUUCCACAGCGACCAGGCGCAGUCGCCGCCGCCGCUGCCGCCGCUGCCGGACGACGGCGCGUCUAUAUUGACCAUGACGACGUCAACAACGACAACUACGAGCGGGCCCAGGAAGGCGCGGCAUCCGCUCACAUCGCGAUUCAACCAGCGGAAUCGCUGA